GACCUUCUAUUACUACGACUAGACAUAACUACCUUACGCAAAUAUCAUACUCUCGACCUCAGAGUGAAUACUAUAGAAUCAAGCCAAACACCCUCCCCAUCAAGAAAACGUUGCAGCUGCAGGACGCACAUAUCCACAAUACCUCCCUCAACCAAUCAACCAACCCCCAAACCCAAAGGAGGGCGAGCAAGUCGAAGCAAGAAAGCAAGAAGCGGGGAGAAAAAGAAAAGAAAAAAGGUCCAACAUGGCAAAACGCUCUCGAUCUCCCUCCCUCGACUCUCCUCUCGACACUCCCUCCCGAGCGUCGUUAUCGCCGCCGCCAUCCUCCCCAACCGGCCGCUCCAAGAUCCAUCUCCAGGACCCCGACGCCCCAGUCGCCGAAGUGAUGCGCUGUUCGCUGCCCCCACAUCGGGAGACGCUGACGUUCCCCUCGUAUGAGGACUACGAGGUUCAUUAUCGCCAGACGCAUGUAAACCGCUGCGUGGAGUGCGGGAAGAAUUUCCCUACGGAUCGGUUUUUGGAUCUGCAUAUUGAGGAGAAUCAUGAUCCGUUGAUUGCGGCGAAGAGGGAGAGGGGAGAGAAGACGUACGGCUGCUUUGUGGAAGACUGCGAGCGCAAGUGCUCGACACCUCAGAAGCGCAGGAUGCAUCUCAUUGAUAAGCACAUGUUUCCGAAGACCUACAAUUUCCACAUCGUCAACGACGGACUCGACAAGCAAACGUCCAUGCUACGACCACGACAGUCUCACAGACGGCGCAUCUCGAAUCCCCCAAGCUCGCCACAAGAAGGCCGGCUGCGGCAUCGGCAGACGCCUUUUUCUCGUCCGCAUCCGCAUCCGCAGCCUCAUCUCGUGGAAUCAUCUCAGCAACCGAUAGCGUCUCAGAUUGAGUCUACUGAGGAAGAUAGCGUCUCCCAGCUGGAGAAAUCCAUGGCUGCGUUGCGGUUCGUCCCGGCGAGUGUAUCUAGGCAGAAGACGAAGACGAAGACGAAAUCUGGGGUAGCGUCGUGAAUGGGUUUUGGGGGGUGGGUACAGUGUAUGUACUUGCAGGACUGACUGCACU